AUGCGUUACAUCUCCAUAUCCGUGUGUGUCCUUAUAACCAGCCUCACCUGCUUCAGUUUGGCAAAUGACUUGGGUCCUAAGAAACAGGAACGUUUAUUAAUGAGUGAUCCAGACGCAAUAAACGCUCAACUUCUUACACUAGAGCGGAAGUUACAGGAAGUCAUUGCGAAAAUGUCAUUGAUAGAAGAUGAAAAUUCACAGCUGAAAGUGGAAUUAGUAGCAAGCAAAAAGCAAAUAGAGAUGAACACAAACAGCAUAUAUAAUCAAUUGUCAUAUAAAGGAGGUACCAUUUAUACACGAUGGGGAAGAAAGGAUUGUCCAAAUAAGAAUGGUACUCAACUGGUAUAUACAGGUAUAGCUGGUGGAGGAAGCCAUGCUGAAACCGGAAGUGGUACAAACUACUUAUGUUUGCCGCACAAUCCCGAUGAAAAACCUGCACAAUUAUCCAUUGGGCUCGAAUUAAGUAAUUAUGUUGCACACGUUUGGGGAGCCGAAUAUCAGUUCUCCCUCGGCAAGGUCAAGGUUGACGACGACGUUCCAUGCGCAGUAUGUCGCGAUACAACGACUGAAACUUCUUUGAUGAUUCCUGCAAAAUCGUCAUGUCCGUCUCUCUGGAAAAAACAAUACAACGGAUUACUGUGUGCCAAUAUGUAUGGUCAUCCUGCAGCUUCCGAAUAUGCAUGUGUUGACUCAGAGGCACAAUAUUUUGAAGGAAAACGCGGAAGUAAUGAUGGCAAGUUGUUCUAUCCAGCUGUUUCAGUUUGUGGUUCAUUGCCAUGCCCACUUUAUGAGAACUUAAAAUAUAUGACAUGUGUUGUUUGUUCAAAAUGA